CACAGACACACCUGUGCACGAAGCAGAGUAAAGAAGGGCUGGCCAGAGCCCCUGCCAUUUUUGCAGAUUCAGAUCCUCAGUGACUCAAGCUGGUCAACUUCAGCAAGGCCACAAUGUACCAAGGAAUCUCUGUUAGGCAUUUGCUCCUAGUGUUGCAGCUGGCACAACUCCCAGCUGUCACUCAAGGGAAGAGUGAGUUUCUGAGCAGAGAAGGGGCUUCGAUAGAGCUGCCAUGCGAAGGUUCCCAGAGGAAGAACAUGUUUUUCAUCUGGAAGCUCUCGGACCAGACGAUGAUUCUGGGAAAUCAGAAUAACUUUGUGACUAGAGCUCAGCCUGAUCGGUUUGGCCGUUUUGACUCGAAAAGUGCUGCAUGGGACAAAGGAUCGUUCCCUCUCGUCAUCAAUAGACUUAAGGUGGAAGACUCAGACACUUACAUCUGUGAGGUGGAGAACAGGAAGAUGGAGGUGGACUUGUGGGUGUUCAAGGUGACUGCCAGUCCGGGUACCCGCCUGCUGCAGGGACAGAGUCUGACCCUGAGCUUGGAUAUCAGCUCUAAGGUUACUAACCCCUCGAUGCAAUGCAAAGGCCCAGGGAAUGGAGUUGUCAAGGGUUCCAAAGUCUUCCAUGUGCCCAACGUAAGGAUUCAGGACAGUGGCAUCUGGACCUGCACCGUAACCCAGAACCAGAAAAAAGAAAUAGUCAGCAUAAACAUCUCAGUGCUGGGUUUCCAGAAGACGUCUGCCACAGCCUAUAAGAAGGAGGGGGAGUCCGUGGAGUUUUCCUUCCCCCUUAACUUUGGAGACGAAACCCUGAAGGGGGAGCUGAAGUGGAGGGCAGAGGACGCCCCCUCCCCCAAGCCCUGGGUCAUCUUUUCCAUGGAGAACAAGAAGGUGUCUGUGCAAACGAACAAGGACACCCUCAAGGUCCAGAUGGCCGAAGCGCCCCCACUCCACCUCAAGAUACUCCAGGUCUCACUGGAGACAGCUGGCUCUGGGAACCUGACUCUAACUCUGACCAAAGGAACGCUGCACCAGGAAGUCACCCUGGUGGUGAUGAGAUUGGUUCAGGAAAAGGACACUUUGACGUGUGAGGUAAGGGGACCCACCUCCCCCAAGAUGAGACUGAUCCUAAAGCCGAACAAUCAGGAGGCCAGGGUCUCCAAGCAGGAGAAGGUGGUUCAAGUGCCGGCCCCGGAGGCAGGGCUGUGGCAGUGUCUACUGUAUGAAGGGGAAGAGGUCAAGAUAAACUCCGAGAUCCAGGUUUCAUCCAGAGGGUUGAACCAGAACCAGCCAAUGUUCCUGGCUGUUGUGCUGGGGGGCACCUUCAGCUUUCUGGCCUCCGUGGGGUUCUGCAUCCUCUGCUGUGUCAAAUGCCGGCACCAACAGCGCCAGGCAGAACGGAUGUCUCAGAUCAAGAGGCUCCUGAGUGAGAAGAAGACCUGCCAGUGUUCCCACCGAAUGCAGAAGACUCGGAACUUCAUUUGAGACCUAGGCCCCAUUGCAGCCUGACAACUGUCUUGUCUCCUCUCCUGAGGCUGUGGACCAGAUGAAUGUAGUACAGACAUUCUGCCCCCUCCAGCCUCCUGCCCCCCUCUUCCAUAGCUGGCCACUGUUCCUCUCCCUCUACGCCCAAGCCCACAGUAGAGCCUGCUCUCUACUUUUCAGACACCCAAACACAGCUUAUUCCCCCAGCUUCCUUCCCACCAAAACCUCAGCCCCUCUCUAACUGCUGUGCAGAUCCCCUUUCCAGUGUCUGCACAGCCCAGCCCUGCCUGGCAUGGAUGGUGGGGUGGGUGUGUGGAAAUACACAGCACAACUUACAAGAGAGGGUCCUGGGACUGAACUGAGUGGGGACUUGUGCAGAUCACACGGCCUUUCAGGGACAGAUGUAGACCCCAAAGCUUCUGAAGCCAGCUUGAACUUCCCAUGCUGCCUGCUUCUUACUUGGUGUUGGCAAGACCAGACUCAUGCACGCACCAACACACACCCAGGCCACAAUCCCUCUGCACAUAGCCACACACUUAUCCACGGGUAAUCUAUAGCCAGUUUAAUGUCCUUGGUAUUGAACCCUUACAAAAACCUUACAUGUGGGUGAGUAAAAUGGCUCAGCAGCAAAAAUUCUCGCUGCCAAGCCCCAGGACCCAAGUUCAAUCCUUGAGGACGGAAGGAGAGAGCUGACUCUUAAAAGUUGUCCUCCACUCCUGUGCCAUGGCCUUCAUGUACUCACUCUCUCUCUCUCUCUCUCUCUCUCUCUCUCUCUCUCUCUCACACACACACACACACACACACACAGAGAGAGAGAGAGAGAGAGAGAGAGAGAGAGAGAGAGAGAGUGGGGGUUGGGGGUAGAGAAAUCCUACGAGUUGGAAGAAGUGACCAAUCUCCAAUAAAACAGAACUAAGUUUGAAUGAUUACCCAAGGUUGCACAGUUAACUGUGCAGAUGUCAGGACUAACCCAGGCCUCCGAUCCCUAGAGCCACUAUCUGUGAUACAGAGUGAAAGCUAGGCAGCUCUCCAGAGCUAGCCACAGGCACCAGGAUGCACCUUGGAAGCGCAGGGGCAUGCACCUGCACCUGCAGGAUACCCUGUGUCCAGAUAGCCAGAGGAUGGAGGGGCGAUGCUUGUUUCGAAUUCCCCCUUGACCACUGCUGUUUAUGGAUUCCUUUAUCGAAGGACCAAACCCCAGUUCUCUUAGAGCAAGGCUGAGACACAUGCAGACCUGCCACUCACUGCGUGUGCAGCUGGGAAGUGAGCUAGAGAAGAUCCUUGGGGAAGAUGACUGCCCCUUCGGCCUUUGCCACACAUCCAGGGAAAGCAGGGUUGGUUAUAAGUAUUCUCCCUGCCAUCUUAAUCUGUUUCUCUCAAAGCCCCGGCCUCCGCGCCUCCUCCCUCCCUCCCUCCCCCCCCUCUCCCAAUCUCGUUCCUUCCUCCUCUCUUUCCAUUCCAGAUGACCUCUUCCAGAAAGACCCCCUCCCCCUCCCCAGUUGCCGAUGGGCUCCUCAUUGCUUACUUUUUAUUUGUGCUCACUCCCCACUCCUGCUUCCUCAGCUGACAGAAAAAUAAAGACUAUAAGUAAAAUGCA